AUGCAACAACAACCCCAACAAAUGCAACAACAAAUUGUAUGCAGGAAGCAACUGCCAAUGAAAAAGAAAAGGCAAAUUGUAGAUGCAAUAUUGGUGAAAAUGAACAAUGGCAGAUUACCUAGGGGUCACUUGAAGCAGUUAUCAACUCAAUUCAACGUACACAAAUCAACAAUAACAAGAAUAUUCACAGAUAUAAAGAAACAGCUGGCAGAAGGGGACUUGAUUGAUGUCAGGACUAAAAAAAUUGGCAGAACAGGGAGAAAUCCAAUGGAAAUUUCUGAUGAAAUUCUACAGUCAGUCCCAUUACAUUUAAGGCAGACUAAAAGGAGCUAUGCAGGAGCACUGAAGAUCAGUCAUAGCACAGUUCACAAUUUGAAGAGGAGAGGAAGGCUAAGAACACACACAGCCUGCAACAAGCCAGCAUUGUCAUCAGGCCAUAAGGUGGCCAGACUAAGAUGGAUUUUGUCACACAUAAAUCCAUUUACAGGAAAUCAGGACCCCACAUUUGUUGACAUGAGGAAUGCCAUACACUAUGAUGAGAAGUGGUUCUACUUGAACCCUGAUAAAAGGAGGUUUUAUCUACUGCCAAGUGAGGAGGAUCCUUACAUGGCAGUUCAGUCAAGAAGAUUCAAACUCAAGGCAAUGUUCAUGGCAAUUAUAGGGAAGCCAUUAUAUGGCAUAAAUGGAGAAAUGUUACAUGAUGGGAAGUAUGGCAUCUUCCCAUUCACUUUGCAACAAGUAGCACAGAAAUCAAGCAAGAAAAGGCCAAGAGGGACUUUGGAAACAAAGGCACUCCAGAAUAUAAACAGAGAAGUUAUCAGGAAGAUGCUGCUCACAAAAGUUAUCCCAGCCAUCAAGUCAAAGUGGCCAGAAAGUCUGGCCAAGGAUGUGGUAAUCCAAUGGGACAAUGCAAGGCCUCACCAAGUUCCAAGGGAUGCAGAGUUCAUUGAAGCUACUACCACAAAUAGCUUCAACAUUCAAUUUAUUUUUCAGCCAGCACAAUCACCUGAUUUGAAUGUGCUUGAUUUAGGGCUGUUUAGGUCUAUACAAUCAUUGCAAUAUCAGUCUUUUCCUAAAGACUUAGAUGAGCUAGUUCAAAAGGUGAAAGACUCUUAUGACACAUUCAAUCCAGAGGUUAACAAGUACAUCUGGGUUACUUUUGGCCAGAUUCAAUCCAGAGCUAGUUCAAAAAUUAAAGAGUUAGGGUUAGGAAGAGUUACGCAAGGAACUUCCCCUAACGCCUUGAAAGUGGUCAGCGAACAACAGCUUGGCCCAUCUUCAUGCGCGUAUAGGCGACGGGGAAAAUCAUCGCCUCUGUUGAUAUCAUUAAUGAGGGACUUGAUAAAAGUGGCCUCGCUGUUGUCGUCGGUGCCAAUAUGGGCGUCAAUUAGUGGAUCAAGGUCAUUCAUGGAAAAGUGGGCCUCUGGUUUCGGAAGGAAAGAUGAGGGAAUGGGAGAUGUCAUGAUGUAA